GUUAAGAGAAUCAAAAAUGAAUUGGGGAAUUGAAAAGGAAGUUACUCUAAAUAAACGACAAUUUGUUCAAAGAAUAUCCGUGUUGAAGAAUAGCAUUUCUAUUGAAUCUAAAACUGCUGAAGCAAUUCUUUCUAUUAGAGUUACAAGAGUUCCUGUUGACUAUAAACAAGGCUUCUUGAACAUUGAGAUAGAAGAUAUUGGCAGCAACACGAACUUAUUGAGCAAACAGCACACAGGAAUUUUGGGCUAUAUUGGCAAUAAAGAAUAUAUUUUUGUUGACCCUAUCCAAAGAGAUGCAAAGACUUGUACUUUGGUUGUUAACAAUAGACUUGUAAAGGCCUACAAAGAAGCUAAACGUUCCUGCUACUCUGUUAAGCUUGAAGAUAUUCUGUAUCCAAGAACUACAAGCCAAUUUAAAACCUUAUAGUACUAAUUUAUAAAUACAACCAUUGGUUACUAAGGAAAUGAAUAUUGUUUCUAGUUUUUUUUCUCUAACGCACUCAUUUGAAAAUACUUUUAAAAGUAGGAGAUUUAAUGUUUAUUCUACAAUUUAGAGUUCUUGCUAGUCAUCAACUAGAUUAUACUUGACUAAUAAGAAACAUUGAGUAAAAAAUCGAACGUUUAACUAGAAAAAUUUAUUGGCUUUUGAUAGAUCAUUCUUUAUUUUAUGCUUUAACUUCCGCUUCUGAAAGGAAGUGAAGAGAAAAAUAUUGAACAGUUUUAUGCUGUUGCCACAUCAUUCAAAAUUCAAUUCUUUCUUUUAUUAGUCGGCUGUUCAAUGAUUAGUAAUUAUUUAGUGUUGUUCACUUUACACAACAGCUAUGAGCGAUAAGCAAGGAGAAGAUGGAAAGUCAGAAGGGAAAAAUGAUCAAGAAGAGGAUAAGAAGGAUGACGAACCUGAAAAAAAGGAAGAUAAUGACGAUGAUGAUGACGAUGACGAGGAUGAUGACGAUGACGAUGACGAACAGAGCGAUAAUAAAAACGAAGAAGUCGACGAUGACGGUGAAGACGAUGAUGAUGAUAACGACGACGACGAUGAGGAUGACGAUGAGAGCGAGGACGACGAUGAGGAUGAGGAUGAGGAUGAGGAUGAGGAGGAGGAAGGGGAAGAGGAAGAAGAUAAAAAUUCAGUAAUUCUUGAUACGGAUUUAGUGAAAAUAGAAGAGAAUUUAAGCGAUGCCGACUUUCUUAGUAAUAUAACUAAUGAUUCGUCCUCUCUAAUAAAAUCAGUUAAAAAAUGGCAAGAAAAAUAUAAAUUAGAUAUAAGCGAAUUAAUAGCGGAAGCUGAUAAGCUUUUAGAAGAAUCUUUAACACCGGCUGAUUUCGGGUUAACCGGUAUGGCCGCAAAAGUAAUUGACGUUCUCCUGUCAAAAACAGAAGAAAUGGACUUGAACGAGCUACUAGAAUACGCAAAAUCGUAUAAAAUGUAA